AGUCAGCGCUAAGCUGAUAUGACAAACUGUUGAAGAAAUCGCACCAGAGUGAGCAGAACAGAGUGGAGUGGAGUGGAGCGAUGUCGCUCUCCUCCUCAGAUCUCCCUCCCUCACCGCCUCGUUUUUUUCCUCCUCUCUGAGCCACGGCUCUUCUUUUCAUUGUGAGCAAUAAAAAAGGAACCGCACACAAGGCACAAGCAGCGCUCCAGCGGGGGAGUGUAAAUUUCUGGAUCUUUUCAGCUGGUGAAUGAAGAGCACCAUAUGGGCCGUUUUAUUCUUUCUCCCUGGGGGAUAGAUUGAGGGAUAACCUCAAGACUCAGAAAAAAAAAACGGAUACGGACAUGAUAACGACAAGACAGCCGUCAUCUCAAACAGGAAGGUGCUGGUGCUGAAGAGGACAGGACGCCUAGACGAGCGCCCGUGUGAAUGGUGUCCAGGCAGACGAAUUGGUCAAGAUGGCGUCCACGGGCACGCAGAUCUUCGGCUAUGUGCUGGCGCUGCUGGGCAUCCUGGGCGCCACGGUGGCAACACUGCUGCCCAACUGGAAGGUGAGCGCAGACGUGGGCUCGAGCAUCAUCACGGUCAUCUCGCAGAUGCAGGGCCUGUGGAUGGACUGCACCUGGUACAGCACGGGAAUGUUCAGCUGCACGCUCAAGUACUCUGUACUAGCGCUGCCUGCGUAUCUGCAGACGGCGCGCACCACCAUGGUGCUGUCCUGCGUCCUGGCCGCACUCGGGCUCUGCCUGGGGUCGCUCGGGCUCAAGUGCACGCACUGGGGUGGCGGCAGAAGGGCAAAACGUCACGCUGCACUUGCGGCCGGAGUCUGCUUCGUAGCCUCCGGGUUCUUGUGCCUGGUCCCGGCGUCCUGGUACACCAACGAGGUCAUCGCCAGCUUUUUGGAUGCCAGUGUACCUGAGAGCAACAAGUUUGAACCGGGCGGCGCGGUCUACGUCGCGUUCGUCUCCUCUGGCUUGCUUUUCGCCGGCGGCUUUAUCUUCUGCCUGUCAUGCUCGGGCAAGCGCCACGGCCCUCAGGAUCUCGUCCUGCUGCCUCCGGAUAAACUCUUACUCCAGCAGCAGCAGCAGCUCCUCCAGCAGCAGCACUUAGACCAACUCCAGCACCAGUACUGCACUCUCUCACCUCUGGAUAAUAAGACAGGAUACAGCCUGCAGGACUACGUGUAACAGAUACGUACGAGAGCCGGACUAUGACUGCGACACAUUCAUCCCACAUUCCUCCUCCUCUUUACAAGCACAAAACAGCGGAGGAAUUCCCAAAGUUUUGGAAUGGACGAAUAACUGAUAAGCGAUGUUGGAGUGAGCGGACGACUAAUGAAACGCAGAACUCCUGUAUCGGAGUUUGAGAAGAGUUUUCUGGGGAGUGGAUUUAGUUAGCUGGAAAUAAUUCCCCAUACAUAAGGAUGCAUCGAUACCAGUAUGUUCAAUAAUGACUCCAAUUCUGCGAUACCACAACGAGGCGUCCAGGAACAUGUCCUGUGGCGCCGUUUAUGCUUCCCUGCUAUAAUUCCUGGCCGUAAAAAAAACAGUUCACAUCCUGUACCGUUAGACUUGUUCUUCAGAACAUUAGCUAGUCAGUUUUAUCUGAAGUGAAUUAGCUAGCUACUAUAGUUAGCGUGUUUGCGCUUCUGCACUAAAGUUUUCUGUGUCGAAAUUCAUUGUCAGUGACCGAUAAGUAGCUGAUAUGUAAGAACGAUAUGCUGUUGUUUUCAUGUACCUAGCUUUAUCUGUAGAUGUUAUUUCUCACCUUGCUGCUAGCGGUGAACGUUUCACUUGUCUUAUAGGAAGAUGCUGUAGUUUGUAGUCCACCCUGGUUAACUGUGGCCGUAUCGUUCCAUAUGCUAGAAUUAGGACAAGUAAAUAAACAUAGUAUGGGACCAGUACCAGUACGGGUAUCGAUGCAUCCCUACUCAUAACCCCUUCCCCAAAGAUUAGAAAUGAAAAGCAAUCAGUUAGCUGCUAAUGAUGUUUUUGUAACCUCUGCUCAAAGUGAGUCGGCAAUACGUCCCCUAAAGGCAAUAGUAUGGGAAAGCCAGUUUUUUUUCCUUCUUUCUUUCUUUCUACUCUCCGGCCAUGUCCGUUUGAGUAAUAGUGGAACUAAUGAAGUCUCUUGUCUUAUUUUGUUAGCCGAUAGAAUGAUUGAUAUGAUCGUUGCCUCAGCAUGCUGUUCAGAGCCUGUGCAUAAUGCAGCGGAAUGCCUGGUAGAGACUUGAGUCAUAGCCACAUUGCCUGUGCCUAAAUGAGAAAAAAACAAAACUAGAAUAUUAUAGCGAGUCGGUUGUUUUUUUUUUGGGGUGGGAAACGUGAUUAGAGUGUGAAUGGGGCUGCUGGAUUUGGAAUGAUACCACACACACACACACACACACACUCCAGCACAUCGAGAACAGAACAUGUCUGUGUGUGAGGGUUGUUUGGUUUUUUUUGGUUAAGCUUGCUCAGUGCAUGCUGCUUACUGCUUUAUCUCUCUCUCUCCCUCACACACACACACACACACACACACACACACACACACACAGUUAGCUGCAUGUCUGCUUUUUUUUUUUUAACCCACGUCAAUACUCACUGCUAUGGAAACCGAAUCCCACACCCAAAUAUGCGUGUGUAUAUGAGUCUGGAGGUCUGUGUGCGUCAGUGAGCUAGAGUGUGAGUGUGAGUGUGUGUGUUUGGGCUGUUUAGAAGUCAACUCGGCUUCACUCGCCCGAUCCAAAGAACCCUCCAGUACACCGUAUGGUGCGAGGAUCUAACCUGAACUCUGACAUUAUCAGCAGUUUGAAAAUCCGUCUGGAUUUUUAGAACAAGGUGGGAUUUUCAUGGCAGUGACGCGAUAUUGACGCCGACACUGACGCAUUCUCUCCCCCCUUUAUAAUUUGGGCUGGUUCCCAUCAGCAGUGCAUCUGCCGUCAGAUUUGCACCAGCAGGAGAUUGCUCUUCAUCUCAAGCUCCAGUGAUUUCUCAGCGCCGUACUCAUCCCCUCGCACAGCCUUCAUUCUCUCCAGGUCCAUAUGCAAAGGUACACACGUCGCUAACAAGAAAAAAAAACCCUAGUGCAGGGGUAUUCACUGAAGAUUUAGACUAGUUAUGUUGUGUUUUGAAACGUUCAGUUUCAAACCAUGGCUAAACCGUAAGUAUUUGCACCCCUGUACCCCUUUGCACCCCUGAAAUGGAUGCUGCCGUGCAUAUGGAGUCUGAUUUUUUUUUUGUUCCACCCAGUGCAUCAACUCCACGACCAUUUCCUGGUGUGUUAUUGUACUAUAUAUGCGAGAGUGUGUGUCUGCGUUCUGUGCUCGUCACAGGCAUGCCUUCCUGCUCUGCUGAGACAAGGAAUUUAUUCCAUGUUGCUCUGAGUUGGCAAAGCAAGCCAUGGCACUGAUGGAUGGCACAGCGCAUUCUUCCUCUCGAGCAGAUUCCCACAGGCGAGCAGAUGGCUCUGCCCAGCUUCUCUCUCUCUCGCAGGCAUCCGUGGGCGUGCUGAGUGGGCACGGAGAUGCCCUCCUGGGGCGGAUUACUCCACCCCACAGCCCACAGUGCCAACGCUCGUGCCAUAAUGACUAGCAUUACUCGAUGCAAUAAUUUUCUCCUCCUCAUGCCCUGUUGAUCUGCCCAUACACUGCCAUUGUUCCAACUGUGAAUGUGCCAAAUCCAUGGUAUUUAUACACACACAAACACACACACAUCUACAUCUAUAUAUAAAAUGUACUGUUAUAUGAUGUAACAGAUAAAUCCUCCAUCUCAUCAGGUUCGACACGAACUCCAACAAAGCAAUCAUUUCACGCUACAUAACCCAUUUCACCACAUCAGGAUAUUUUUAUAUUUCUCAUGCUCUGGGAUUCCUUUCUUCAAGGUUCUGUGAUGCAGUGUAUUAUUUACAUUUUAUAUAUAUAUAUAUAUAUAUAUACAUACAUACAUACACACACAGAUAUAGACACUAUAUAUUAUCUAUAUAUAAAUAUCUUCUCGCCAGUUUGGCAGCUUGAUUGAUUUGAUUUUUGUUGGAGAAUAUACGUAUAUGCAGUUCUCAGUUUUAACACCAGGCAUGUUUAUAGUGAAUCUUCUUUAUAAGAAGACAACGCAUUUUUUUACACCUUUAUUCGUGUAAUCCCACGUUACUGCAGAUGUUUUGGUUUAUUAUAUUGCAACAUAAAUAAAGAGCAGAUUAAAGGUGUACAGUGUGGUGUUGGAAGCGCGUCAGGCAAAAACCGCUGACCCUUUGUUAUGCAGCGUACCUUUCAUUAGCGCAUUAAGACAUGAGCUUCACACCCGGUUCCGGUCCGGUCCAGUCGCUAACCGAAGGUUCUCGUGGGGACAGACGCAGCUUAUUUUGUGGAUGCUUCAGCACUUCUUGAUUUUGCAGAGAAAUGAGCUUCACGUGCGACUCUGCUGUUGUUUCAG